AUGUCUUUUCGGCGACUAUCGCAAGUUCUCAAGAGGCCUCGCUCAGUACAGUCCAAGCCGGCUUUGCGAGACGCCGCCGCCAUAGCCAACAUUGACGGCAUGCCUGACGAGCCACAUGACUUUGCUUCGAUAGCCUCGGCGUCUUGGAGUGGAUUCAAGCUCUUUCUGAGCGUUGUGCGUGAAGUAGCCGGAGCCUUCCCGCCUCUCGAUGCGACGGUGGGAGGGCUCAUCGCGCUUAUCAGCAUAUACGACCUUGUGCGCUCAAACUUCGACUGGAUGGAGGACAUAAUGACACGCCUCGAUCGGACACUCGCCCUUCUAGCCUCAAGAUUAGACGAGAAUCGCGAAUCGGGACUGGCGUCCAUGUCAAGUACACAUGUCGCUGCUCUGCAGAAACAGCUCAACAAAGUUCAGGCUCUUCGUGAUCGAACAUGGAUCUCUCGUGGUGCUACGUCUAAGAACGACGAGAGCGGACUGAAGGCUAUCUACCAAACAAUCGCCGAUGUACUUCAAGAACUUCAGUUGGAGUUAGCGAUCUCCGUCGAGAAGAACACGAAGUCCAUCAUGCAGGACCUCGUUCUUCAGAACCUUCCUUAUGCUACUACAGCAGCGUACACAGCCGCGACGUCGGCGGCCGGGAUCUCAAGACGCGGCUGCACCGAUGGAACUCGCGUCAAAAUCCUGCAGGACAUACUUCAUUGGGCACGCGAUGAAAGCCGGGAUGUACCACGCUUGCUCUGGAUUUCUGGCUUGGCUGGACAAGGAAAGUCCACUAUCGCCUAUUCUGUCUGCGAGCGUCUAGACGAAGACGCGCUAGACGUGUCCGUCGUCUCGUUCUUCUGUUCGCGACGGCUUGACAGUUCCCGAGAGGCACUGCUAGUUUCUACUCUUGUGCUCAAGCUCGCGCAAUCAUCCGCGUCAUGUGCUACAGAGGUUGUCAAUGUUCUCAAACAAGAGUACGAUCUAGGCUAUCAGAAGCUCGAAGUACAGAUGAAGAAGCUUUUCAUCGACCCAUGGCAAAGAAGUGCUAGUCUUCGGGAGGGCUUUCCUGUAACACUGCUUGUCGUCGAUGCGCUCGAUGAGCAGGACACCGGCAUCGCCUUUGCGCGACUGUUGAUCGAAGCUUUGAGCGAAGGGUCUCUUCCGGGUAUGCGCGCGAUAUUCACAAGCCGCCUCGAAGCGCCGUUUCACGCUCUUCUGCGUAAAUGGAGCUCCUGUUGCACCAAUGCUGUCGUGCAGCACUUGAAUCUAAAUGACCAGCUCGUCGCAGAUCGUGACACUCUGGAUGCCGAUAUACUGUGCUAUCUCAACGCGGAGCUUCCGCAGCAUCGAAACACUCAACAUCUCAAACGGCUUGCUGAGGCUUCUGCGGGUCUCUUCAUCUACGCAUCUACUGCUGUACGAUUGAUCAAAUCGGACGCCAAACAAUCUAAGGCUCGCAGCGAAGAGGAACGGCACAUUCUGGAGCUCAGUGCCCAUUAUGACUACGAGGCUGCUGGGAGCGGUACUCACGAUACCAUGCUUGAUUCACUCUAUGCGGGGAUUAUAGCAGACACUUUCGAUGGCCUGACCCACAGCCAGACAGAUGCUCGGAUGCACAUACUAAUCACGUUCAUCAUUUUCCGGCGCACGGUGCCGAUGGGGAUCGGCUUUCUCACUGAAUUAGCCGGCCCAGGUUUCGAUGAAGAAGUGACCGAGCUCGUCAUCGCGUCGUUGCACGCAGUGCUAUACAUUGAUGCCGAAACGGGCAAGAUCUUAUGCUGCCAUGCCUCAUUCGAGGAUUACAUGUGGAGAGCUUAUGAGCCUCUCAUCAACCGAGCUCGGCGUCUACUCGUCCAGGAUUUCCGGGGCGAUUUCAUACCCGUACGGGAGAAAGCUCAAUGUGUACUUCCAAGUUGCGUAUCGUGGAAUCUGUCUGAACGGGGGUUAGCGCUUCGCAACAUCUCGGCUAUCGGCCCGAUGGGCGGUUUUUGA